AUGGGGUCUCGAAGACUGAAUUUAGCUGCUUUAUUUAUAUUUUUUCUAAGGAACUAUUUGUUAUCCCAUUUAGGGAUUUUGUGUUCUCAACUUCUCUCUGGGAUUUUGAUUUUAAGUGUCGGGGGAUCAUUUCCUCUUCCGGGCCCUUCUGGGCAAGCAAGCGGGGCUGAGUUUGAAGAGGAUCAUUUUGGGAUUGAUGUCCUCUUGGAAUCAUGGGAAAAAUCUACGGAGACGGGCAUGUUGGUGGAUCAGCCAGAACCAGAACCAGGACAUGUGCCGCCUGCUAUUCAAGUAGCUCCCCGAGCGAACGAAGCUGGUCCACCAAAUCAGCCCCCACGAGUGGUCCCCUAUCCGUAUCAACUGGAUGAAGUGAUAGGGGGGAUUCCGUUCAGUCUAUCCAGCGAAGGCUCCUAG